AUGAGGUUGUGUGUAGACUACCGCCAGUUGAAUAAGGUGACAAUUAAGAAUAAGUAUCCUUUGCCUAGAAUAGAUGACCUUAUGGACCAGCUAGUAGGAGCUAGUGUGCUUAGCAAAAUAGAUCUCAGGUCAAGUUACCAUCAUAUUCGAGUAAAGUCUAAGGAUAUUCCCAAGGCUGCUUUUAGGACCCGUUACGGUCACUACGAGCAUCUAAUCAUGCCCUUCGGUGUGACUAAUGCUCUUGACAAAGCCAAUGUAGUGGCUGACGCCUUGAGUAGGAAAUCCCUACAUAUAUCUGCCCUGAAGGUUAGAGAACUAGAUCUUCAAGAAGAGUUUAGAGACCUUAGCCUUGCAUGUGAGGUUACCCCUAAUAGUGUGAGACUAGGUGCUUUGAGGAUUACUAGUGAGUUGUUAGGAGAAAUCAAAGUGGGCCAGAAGUUUGAUCCUUUUCUGAAUACUCAAUUAGAAGUCAUAGCUUCAGGGAGAGAUAGUAGUUUCAAUGUGGGAUCGUAUGGAGUCCUGAGACUUCAAGAUAUAAUUUGUGUCCCCAAUGUGCCUAAGCUUAGGAAGAUGAUCUUGGAGGAAUCUAUCACAACCUACCCUACGACGGGACGGCGAAGGCCAAAUAGAUAA